GUACAGUGUGUCAAUCCUUCCUGCGGGUGUCCUAGCGGAAUAUACUGCGUUGGCAGUUCUUUUCCGGGCUAAUAUUUAAAAGGGAAAAUAACAGGUCUUCUGGGACGCAAGAGAGUGCACAUGAGCUGCUGUUAUUGCGCAGGUCACAUUGUCAGACAUCACUGGGCUCUGUGUCCCACAGCGAUGACAGGUGAAAGGCGCGGGGUGACCUAUGACAUUGUAUGUGACCUUUGACCUCGUCAAUGUCAGAUGAGGCGGAGCCCAAACGCUUCCUGUACGGAGGCGUGUCGGAGGAGGAGGAAGUAGAGUCCCCCUGUGGCUCCAUGUCUCACCUGCACCGCAUGGGCGGUGCUUCGGAGGGGAGUGACAGCAGUCAUGACCCGCCCCCGUCCCCUGGGCCACGCCCCCACGAGGACAUUGAGAUGGGUGGCAAUGGCUCCAGUGGGAGUGGCACUGAAUCUCACAGUAACGAGUCCCAUGGCAACGAGUCCCACGGUAUCGAAUCGGUGGGCAGCUCCAAUGGCAACGGCAAGGACUCCGGCAUGCUGGGGUCAUCAGGCAGCAACAAGAGCUCCAACUCUCAAAGCCCCUCUCCUCCUAGCAGCUCCAAAGCCUUCAGCCUUGUUAGUUCGGAACAGGACAACCCUUCAACCAGUGGCUGCAGUAGUGAACAGUCUGCCAAAGCCAAAAAUCAGAAGGAGCUCUUUAAGACCCUGAAGGAGCUGAAACUCCAUCUGCCGGCAGACAAACGCAGCAAAGGCCGGGCCAGCACCCUGCACACGCUCAGAUAUGCCUUACACUGCAUUAAGCAGGUCAAAGCCAAUGAGGAGUAUUAUCAGAUGAUGAUGAUCACUGACAGUCAGGCUCCAGGUCUGGACAUGUCCUCAUACACUAUUGAGGAGCUCAACAGUAUAACGUCAGAGUACACACUCAAAAACACUGAUAUCUUUGCGGUGGCUGUAUCUCUGAUCAAUGGGAAGAUUGUCUAUAUUUCGGAACAAGCGGCAGGAAUUCUGCACUGUAAACCGGAUGAAUUUAGGGAUCGGAAGUUUGUUGAAUUUCUAGCGCCACAGGAUGUCAGUGUGUUCUACAGUUUCACCACUCCAUACAGACUACCCACCUGGAGCAUGUGUGUAGGAGCAGAGUCAUCGCCCACAGAGUUCCUGCAGGAGAAGUCUUUCUUCUGCCGAAUCAGUGGAGGGAAGGAGACAGAGGGAGAUCUGCAGUAUUACCCGUUUAGAAUGACACCCUAUCUAAUGAAGGUUCGCGUCUCAGACCUGUCUGAGGAACAUUUCUGCUGUCUCAUCCUCGCCGAGAGAGUCCACUCUGGAUAUGAGGCCCCAAGAAUUCCUCCAGAUAAGAGAAUCUUCACCACAACACACACACCCAACUGUGUGUUUCAGGACGUGGAUGAGAGGGCUGUUCCUCUGCUGGGGUAUCUGCCACAGGACUUGAUUGGGACUCCGGUCCUGCUCCACCUGCAUCCAGAUGACAGGCCGCUGAUGCUAGCUGUGCACCGCAAGAUCCUUCAGUAUGUUGGGCAGCCUUUCGAUCACUCCUCGGUUCGGUUCUGUACGCGGAAUGGUGAAUACGUUACCAUAGAUACCAGCUGGUCGAGCUUUGUGAACCCCUGGAGUCGCAAGGUCUCCUUCGUCAUUGGGCGUCAUAAAGUCCGCACUGGACCGGUGAAUGAGGACGUGUUUGCAGCUCCUGCUUUUACAGAGGGGAGGAUCAUGGACUCUGAUAUUCAGGAGAUCACAGAGCAGAUACACAAAGUCCUUUUACAGCCGGUCCAUAGUAUGGGCUCCAGUGGAUACGGUAGUCAUGGUAGCAAUGGUUCCCACGAGCACUUUUUAAGUGUUGCCUCAUCCAGUGACAGCAACGGAAAUGGACACGCCGCUGGCCAUGCUGGGGCUGAGGAGGGGACCAAGGCCAAACAGCGGUCGUUUCAGGAGAUCUGUAAAGGAGUUCAGAUGCUGAAGACUCAGGAACAGCAGAGCUCGUCAGUAAAACCGGAACAAAAGAAAAAUACAGACACAGAAGUGAAGUCUGCAGUGGUGAAGCAGAAGGACUCUGUCCCACCCGGGAAGGACGGAAUUGGGGCUCUGGAAGAGAUGAAAGACCAGACCAUGUAUUCCUACCAGCAAAUCAGCUGCCUGGACAGUGUCAUCAGGUACCUUGAGAGCUGUAAUGUCCCAGUCACUGUAAAGAGAAAGUACCAGUUUUCAUCGAACACGAACUCCUCCAACUCCGAUGAGGAUAAAAAACCCCCAGAAACAGCCGAGCAGCAUUCCCAGGAGUUAUUAAGUAUGGAUGCACCACACACGCCCUCAACGAAGCCCAGUGAGAAGCCUCCGUCUGGUCCUGCCCAAGUGGUGGGCGGGCCCUUGACCCCGUUGCCUCUGCCCAGUAAACCUGAGAGUGUGGUGUCAAUCACCUCCCAGUGUUCUUACAGUAGCACCAUCGUACACGUUGGAGACAAGAAACCACAGCCAGAGUCAGAGAUCAUUGAGGAGUUAACAGAGAGUCCCGUCGCCCAGCCGCCAGUCAGCGUGGUGUCCCCGCCCACUGCAGAGCAGGGAGCCUAUAGGAAGCUGGGGCUGACCAAGCAAGUGCUGGCCGCACACACGCAAAAGGAGGAGCAAGCUUUCCUAAGCCGCUGCAGGGAUCUGCCUCGCAGCAGAACCUUCCAGAACAACCGCUCUCCCAACGCUGAGCGAAACCGAGGACAACUCAGCACAGAGGGACUUCGGAUAACGAAGCCAGGUGUGUCCGGUGCGGAACCUCCCCCGACGACCGCGAAGAAGACCGGGCGUACCAAGAAGUCAAAGAAGCCUCGCGUGAAGAAGCCCGAUUCGUCGGACAGCGCCGUCUCUCAGCAUAGGCCCCGACCUCCCCUCCAGGGGCUGAACCAAACGUCAUGGUCCCCGUCGGAAGCGUCGCAGUCUGCCUUCUCGGUCCCGUUCCCCGCUAUGGUGCCUGGGUACCCCAUGUACCCGCCCGCACCUCCUCCUGGCCCCGCGCCGUCCGCCGGAGCCGACCCCAACCUAUCGGGAGGCUUCGGGGAGGGCCCUAACGCUCAGGCUCCGCCCACCGGCCCUCCGUUCCCCGCCCCAUUGGUCACCCCGGUUGUGGCGUUCGUUUUGCCCAAUUACGUGUUCCCUCAGUUUAGCGGCGUACCCCGUCCUCCGUACUACACUGAACCUCAGUCUGCGUAUGGUACCCAGCAGCCCUUUCAGCCCCCCCUGGGUUUCCCCACCCAGCAGCCCUUUCAGCCCCCGCAGGGCCUGGUCCCUCAGCAGGCUUUCCAAACCCAGCCCACCUACACUACGUUUCAAACGCAACCGACGUUCACUACGCAGCCACCGUUUCAAACGCAACCGACGUUCACUACCCAGGCUCCCCUCCAGCCACAGCAGGGCUUCACCGCCCAGCCCUCCCUACAGCCCCAGCCGACCUUCACUACUCAGCCCUCGCUCCCGGUUCAGUCCCAGUUUGUACCCCAGACCCCGUUCCCGUACAGAAUGACCUCUGACCCCAAACCCGCCCCUCCAGACCGCGCGGAGCUCGGCUCCCCCUCGCCUCCGGCCCCGUCUCCGCCCCUGUUUGAGUCGGGCUGCAGUUCGCCCCUGCAGCUGGACUUACUGCAGCUCGAGGACAAGCAGGAACUGCAUAGUACAGCGCCCCCACCAGCACCUCAGGGGAACUGCAGCUCUUCACAGGACAAGAUCAACACAGCCAACAACAAUGCCAGUACUGCACUGGGAGACUUACAACAGGUGUGUUGCCAGGGUGAUGGUGGCCAUAGCGAUGGGCAUUCUUCUUCCAGCGAUCUGCUGGAUUUGCUGCCGGAGGACUCUCAUUCCGGGACUGGCUCUGCCACCUCCGCAUCGACGGGAUCAGCCAGCAACGGCUGCCACACCUCCCCCAGCGGAGCCGGAAGCAGUAACACCAGCAAAUACUUUGGCAGCAUCGAUUCGUUAGAGAACGACCUGAAAGCAAAAGGGGCGGGGCAGGGCGAUGAGCGGAACUUCAUUAAGUAUGUCCUGCAGGAACCGCUGUGGCUCCUUAUGGCCAACGCUGACGACAACGUCAUGAUGACCUAUCAGGUGCCCUCACGAGACAUGGAUAAGGUUCUCCGUGAGGAUCGGGAGCGAUUGCGCCGCAUGCAGAAGACCCAGCCGAAAUUCACGUCGGACCAGCGCAGAGAACUGAUCGAACAGCACCCCUGGAUGAGAAGAGGAGGCCUCCCCAAAGCUAUCAACGUCAAGGAGUGCGUGUACUGUGAAGACAACGCCAGCGCUCCGCUGGAGGAGGACUUAACUGAAAUGAAUCUGAAUAUUCUGGGAGGAGAGGAGGGACAGGAAGGGGGCGUGUCUCAAAUACAGGAAGAAGAGGAGCCACUCUGUCCAGAGCCUGUAUCCCAGCAACUUUGAUAUCAGUCCACGUUUUGUCAUCAAAGAGUGACAGAACAUUUGACAGACAUCACACCAAAACACACACAUGCACACACACACAUGCACGCACGCUGAGAACAUGAACAAUUUUCACACAACUUCAUAUGACUUGUUUUUUUUUUUUCUAUCCUCUGAUCAGUCCCAAGAUGUAUUUGUGUGUGUGUGUGCGUGUGUGCGUGUGUGCGUGCGUGUGCGCGUGUGCGCGUGUGCGUGUGCGUGUACCAGUCGGUGUUACAAAGGUGGUGCUGUGUACGUCAGCAUUUAAAGACCUCCAAGUGGUAUCUGAGAAACUGAUUGGUGGGCACACUGACCUGUUCAUCUGAAAUCAGCCAAUCAGCAUAAGGGCCACUGACAAUCGUCCCAAUGCUUUAUCUCUUCAAAGAUGAUUGCAUACAAAUGGUCAGUUAAACUGACCAAGACUCGACCUGAGCCCUGCUCAGUCUGCACAGUUUUAUUUUAUUAAUGCUUCAUUUCUGGGGUUGUUUUUUUUUUCUGGUCACUUUGUGCUGAAACCAGCGAUGGUUCAGGUCAUUGAGACAUGCCUCGGUUCCCGCCUCUCACUGUAAAAACUGAACCGGUGCGAGUUUUUUAGGGAUUUAAAACUGAGAUAAAAAAAAAAAAGAAAAGAAAAGAAAGAAACAGUGCCCAGCAGUUUCCUUUCACGAGAUAGCAGAGAAAAACACUCUGAGAAAGCACUUGAAAAACAAUGUAGUAUUCAAAAGAGCACUUACAAACACCUGACACACACUUAUACCAAGUAUAAGUCUGAAAAAGUAGACUUUAAAACAGCUUUCAAAGCAGUAUCUUUAAAACUGCAUGUUUGGAUGCCGCAGUACCCCAUGGAGGCAAGCCACACCCUAUUGUAAACACAGACCAGUGCAAGGACAGAUACCAGCAUAGCAAGUAUACUGGAUCCCAUUCAUAACUAAGAAAACCACAAUGCGAAAGCAAGACCAGCAUAGUCUGGAUAUGGGGACCAGCGGACCAGUAUAAACAGCCAGUACCACCAGCAUACUGGAGACCAGUGGCAGCCAGUUUAAACUACACACACAGGAAAUUUAUGAAGUCAUAAAAACCAGCACCAAGGACAUCGAGGCACAACUCACCAUGGAUGCCAGGAAUUCAAAGAACAUUUUAUGAUGAGUCUGUGACUGCCAUUUGUUUUUUGUUUUUUAUUUGUUUUUUUUUUUACCUUUUUAUUUCCCUCUGUUAGCUUGGCUCAGAUGAAAAUGGACCAAUAAACCUAUGGUGUUUUUUUUGUUUGUUUGUUUCUUUCUUUCUUUUGUUUUGUUUGCUUGUUUCUCUCUAUCUUUAUUUAUUUCUUUAUGUCGAAGCUCAAUCAGUAUUCAGGCCAACCAAGAUGCAACGUUUCACUCUCUGUUCAUUCCCUAUCCCGAGAGUUCAGAACACGAGCCGUAAUGUUAUUUAACCGCGCGUGUCAGCCAUCUUUUCCCCCCUGUGGUUGCGUCCUUUUUUUUUUCUUUCUUUCUUUUUUUUCACAGCAAUC